AUGUCUGAACAAGAGCAACAUUCAGAGGAAAUGUCUGAAGAUAAUCUCUCUUCUGUCAACAUUGAAUCUGAAUCUCAAGAAACAGAACAAGUUGAAAGUGAAAAUGAUGAUGUAAACAACACAAAUCAAACUGAGCCUCCGGUAAUCACAAUACAAAGUGAAAAUGAUAUCGUUGAAGCCAUUGGUGAGAAUGAAGUAACUGGCGAUGAAAUUGCUCAAGAAGAUAGCGUUGAUGAAGAAAAUAAAUCUAUCGGUGGUAGUCAAGUAGUGAAUGCCAAUGAGACUUUAGGACACACCAAUCUAACUUCCGAAGAACAUGAAACUGGGGAAUCGACUGAUCGCCAGAACGCUCAACAGUUAGAUGCUAACAACACCAUAUUCAGUGUCUCAUCUGCUAUGUCUACUAGUACAAGAUCUACAUUAGCCCUAGUGAAGAAUGUUUUUGAAGAUAUACUUGAAGCCAAAGAUUUGAAGAAACAUCCAAAUUGUCAAAAAGUCAUUGAAAGAGCAGUAACAAGGAUUCAAGAAAGUCAGAAGGAUGCAUCUGCGGCUUCGCAGGUUAUCGAUUCGAUAUUGAUUUUUGAAGCUUUGAGAGCCGCUUGUAGAACAAAAUCUUCUCGAAUGCAAGUAAAAGUGUUAGAUUGUCUCUCCAAAUUAUUCUCAUUUAGAGCAUUGGACGAAUCUAUAUUGAUUAAUCCACCAGAUGCUCUUGCAUCGAUUGAUCAAGUUCAGGAAGAUAGUGCUGCAGGAAUCACGCCUCCGCCAAAACAGAAACUUAUUGAUGCUGCUAUUGAUACCAUUGCUGAUUGUUUCCAAGGUGAAGGUACCGAUGAUAGAGUAGAACUACAAAUAAUAAGAUCUCUCUCAAGUUGCAUCCUAGUCGAAGAUUCAAUUUCUUUAUGCCACGGUGUUUCUCUUCUAAAAGCUGUUAGAACAAUUUAUAACAUUUUCGUCUUCUCUUUAAAUGCUUCUAACCAAGGUAUUGCACAAGCAACAUUGGCCCAAAUUAUUGGAUCGGUAUUCGACCGUGUAAAUGUGAGGACACUUUCUUCUUCAACCAAGGUAAAUGAACCAAUCGAAGGAAGUCUAAACAACGGCGGGACAAAUCCAGUGACAUUGGAAAAUAUGAAAAAUUUGAAUGAUGAAGAGGAAAGAAGGGUUGAUGCUCAAGAAAAUGAUAACUCACUAGAACAAGAAGAUGAAAUUAGUUCCGGUGACGACCUUGCCAUAAAAGAUGCAUUCCUUGUUUUCAGGGCAAUGGCUAAAAUUUGUGCUAAACCUUUGGAAGCUGAACUAGAUAUGAGAUCACACGCAGUUAGAUCAAAACUACUAUCCUUACAUAUAAUUUAUUCCAUCGUCAGAGAUCAUGUUGAUGUACUUGCAUCUUCUAAUCUUUAUCUUCCUGGUCAAGAGAAAACAACUUUACUGGAUUCUAUAAGACAAUAUUUGUGCCUGUCGUUAUCUCGUAAUGCAGCUUCGCCGAUUUCCCCGGUUUUCGAAAUAACUUUGGAAAUAAUGUGGCUACUAAUAGCAAAUUUAAGAGCUGAAUUUAUGAGAGAAAUACCUGUCUUUCUAACAGAAAUUUACUUCCCUGUGGCUGAAUUGAAGACUGCAACCUCUCAACAGAAAAGAUACUUUUUAACUGUGAUUCAAAGAAUAUGCAAUGAUCCAAGAACUUUGAUAGAAUUUUACUUAAAUUACGAUUGCAACCCAGGAAUGCCUAACAUCAUGGAAAUUAUGGUAGAUUAUCUUACUAGAUUAGCUCUGACCAGAGUUGAUAUUACACCUAGUCAAAGAUCUUACUAUGAAGAUCAAAAAGGAAAACCAUUGGCUACAUUCAACUUAAACCAAUUACCACUAUUAACAACUUCUAAUCUCUCUUCCAAUUCUGAUUCAAGCCAAGUUGUGCUACCUUUCCCUGUGGAUUUUGCACUAAAGACCACUUCUCUAAGCUGUAUCGUGUCAGUAUUAAGGUCACUAAGCUCCUGGGCUCAUAAAGCGUUAAAUACAGCAUCUGUUGUCAAUUCUUCCUCAAAACCAAGGCGCAGUUCACAAUCAAUGUCUAUAUCUUCCGGCACUAAUGAUAGAGGGGCCUCUUUAAAUGGGGAUAGUAGUUUUGCUAACGAUGACGAAACAAGAUCUAAUUUGAGUCAGUCUCAAGAUUAUGAUGACCCAUCCCAGUUUGAAAGUUUGAAGCAACGUAAAACUCAGCUUUCAGAUUACAUCAAUCUUUUCAAUACGAAACCUAAGAAAGCCUUGCCAUUAUUAGUUAGUAAAGGAUUUUUGAAGGAUGAUUCUCCAACUUCUAUUGCUAAAUGGUUACUCGAAACAGAAGGACUAGAUCUAGCAACCGUAGGAGAUUUCUUGGGCGAAGGUGAUGCACAUAAUAUCGCCGUUAUGCACGCUUUUGUCGAUGAAAUGGACUUCAAGGAUUUAUCUAUUGUCGAUGCAUUACGAGAAUUUUUACAGAAAUUCAGACUUCCAGGGGAAGGUCAAAAAAUUGAUAGAUUCAUGCUAAAGUUUGCAGAGAGAUUCGUUGAGCAAAAUCCUGGCGUCUUUUCCAAGGCCGAUACAGCCUAUGCCUUAUCAUACUCAUUAAUCAUGCUAAAUACUGACCUACAUUCUUCCCAAAUUAAGAACAAGAUGACACUACAGGAGUUCUUAGAAAACAAUGAAGGGAUUGAUAAUGAUAAAGACUUACCAAGGGAUUUUAUGGUAGGCUUAUUUGAUGAAAUAGCAAACGAUGAAAUUAAAUUACUAUCCGAACAGCAUCAAGCUAUGCUUUCUGGUGAUGACACCUUGCAGUCACAACAACCCUCCGCCUUCAGUUUCUUCAGUUCUCGAGACCUUGCCAGAGAAGCGUACAUGCAAGUUUCAAAGGAAAUUUCUUCAAAAACCGAACUUGUCUUCAAGAAUUUGAGUAAAGCUAAGACGGAUUCUGAUGUUUACUACGCGGCAUCACAUGUUGAACAUGUAAAAUCAAUUUUUGAAAACCUAUGGAUGUCAUUUCUUGCUGCCUUGACACCUCCAUUCAAAGAAUAUGAUGAUUUGGAAACUUCAAGCAGAUGUUUAGAAGGGCUAAAGCUUUCGAUCAAAAUCUCUGCCACUUUUGGAAUAGAUGAUUGUAGACAAUCUUUCAUAGGUGCUCUAGUCCAGUUCUGUAAUUUACAGAAUUUGGAAGAAAUAAAAUUGAAAAAUAUCAAUGCUAUGAUCGAUCUCUUGGAGGUUGCUUUGUCAGAGGGAAACUAUAUCAAAGAAUCCUGGAAGGAUAUUCUUCUCGUUGUAUCACAAAUGGAAAGAUUACAGCUUAUUUCAAAGGGCAUCGAUAGAGAAACCGUCCCCGAUGUUGCACAAGCACGCUUAGCCAAUCCAAGAGUGUCCUACGAUUCUAAUAAGUCUAAUGCAUACUUUUUUGAUAUUUGGAGCAAGAAAGCUACUCCAAUUGAGGUAGCACAAGAGAAGCAUCAUAACCAAGUUCUUUCUCCAGAAAUAUCGAAGUAUAUCUCUUCCACUGAACUGGUUGUUCUAAUGGAUAAUAUAUUCACUAAGAGCGCAGAACUAUCAGGGAGUGCUAUCGUCGACUUUAUUAAAGCUUUGACCAAAGUUUCCUUAGAUGAGAUCGAAUCCUCCCAAAAUGCCUCUACUCCAAGAAUGUUCUCUUUGCAAAAAAUGAUUGAUGUUUGUUACUAUAAUAUGGAUCGUAUUAGGUUGGAAUGGUCUCCAGUCUGGGCUGUUAUGGGCGGUGCUUUUAAUAAAAUCGCUACCAAUGAAAAUUUAGCUGUCGUAUUUUUUGCAAUUGAUUCAUUACGUCAACUAUCAAUGAGAUUUUUGGAUAUUGAAGAAUUAGUAGGUUUUGAGUUCCAACAUGACUUUUUGAAGCCAUUCGAAUAUACUGUUCAAAAUACUAGCAGUGUAGAGGUCCAGGAAAUGAUCAUCGAAUGCUUCAAAAAUUUCAUUUUAACUAAAUCAUCCAGAAUCAAAUCAGGUUGGAAACCAAUAUUGGAAUCAUUACAAUACACUGCACAGUCUACAAACGAAUCUAUUGUCGCAAAAACACAAAAGCUAGUCAGUCAUGAUAUCACUGUCAACCAUUUUGAAAGUGUAUUUCAACAGGAAGGAUCAUUUUCUGAGCUUGUUAAUGUAUUUAAGGAAAUUACGAAAUACAAGAAAUCGCAGAAGUUGGCAUUACAUGCACUAGAAUCCUUGAAGCAUAUCACUCAAAAUAUAGCUGAUAUUUGUUUUGCUCCAUCCGAUGCAGCUGACUAUGAACACAAAAAAUCGUUGUUGCGUGGCAAAGAUGUCUUUCAAGAUAUAUGGUUCCCAAUGUUAUAUUGUUUUAACGAAACAAUAAUGACGGCAGAAGAUCUUGAAGUUAGAUCUCGUGCAUUGAAUUACAUGUUUGAUGCUCUUGUUGCCUACGGCAAAGAAUUUGAUGAGACCUUCUGGGCAAAUAUCUGUAAUAAAUUAUUAUUCCCAAUUUUCAGCGUUCUUUCCAAACAUUGGGAAGUUAACCAAUUCAAUAGCCAUGAUGAUUUGAGUGUUUGGUUAUCAACAACGUUGAUUCAAGCACUAAGAAAUCUAGUUGCGUUAUUCACACAUUAUUUUGAGUCUCUGAACAGUAUGCUUGACGGAUUUUUGGAUUUAUUAGUCUCUUGUAUUUGCCAAGAAAAUGAUACUAUUGCCAGAAUUGGUAGAUCAUGUUUACAACAAUUAAUAUUACAGAACGUUAACAAAUUUAAUGAUGAACAUUGGAGACAACUUGGUAGAGUAUUCAACAAGUUAUUCGAGUCCACUACUGCUACCGAAUUGUUCGAUUAUGAUCCAUUACAUCAGGGUAGAAAACCUUCCAUUACACAAGAAUCAAGUCAUUCUAAUGCGGAUGUGCAUGAAACUGUACAAAGAGCACAUGAGGAAGAAGCCAGUGAAGAUGUUGGUAAUGAAUUUGCUGCUACAUAUGAAAACAAUACAACAUCAGUUGAUAGUCUGAAAAAUGCGAGAAAAUCACCAUUAAAUGUUAAUAAAAAUGGUGGUGAUGCACGUCGUAGAUUGAAUGUUAAGAAUUCAAUUGUUGUGAAAUGUGUUUUACAGCUUUUAAUGAUUGAAUUGCUAAGUGAAUUAUUCGAAAAUGAAGAAUUUACUCGUUACCUUCCAUAUACAGAGGCUCUCAUCAUGCUUGGGCUACUAGAGAAAUCGUACGAGUUUUCUCACGAUUUUAACGAAGAUUAUGGGUUGAGAACAAGAUUAGUUGAAGCUAGAGUUGUAGAUAAGAUUCCAAAUUUAUUGAAGCAAGAGACCAGUGCGGCUGCUGUUUUGAUAGAUGUUAUGUUCAAAUUAUAUUUGAAUGAUGAAGAGAAAAAGAGCGAUUUAUUGACUCGUCUUGUGACAAUUUGCAUGCAAGUUGUAAAAUCGUACACCUUAUUAGAUGAUAGAACCAUGGAACGUAGUAUUAAUUCAUGGCGUCCGGUUAUUGUGGAAAUUCUGCAGGGAUACUAUGAAUUCGAUGAUGACGAUUUCAGACAACAUUGUGCUUUUAUGUACAAUUUAGUGAUCCAACUUUUGGACAAGAGUGUUCCUAGUGAUUUAAGACAUGCAACUAAACUAUUUUUGAGUAGGGUUGGUGAAUUAUAUCUAUCGACCGCAGAAUAA